UGGCAUUGGGGCUGGGGGAACCAUGGCACUAGGCGCCUGGCGGAGAGCUCCCGUGCGCGGCAGCGGCAGCUCGGGCUCUCGAACCCCUGCGCGCGGGCGGCUGCUCUGGCUGUUGUUGGCAGUUGGCGCUUGUGGCUGGGCGGGUGCCCAGGACGGUGGCGGAGCCGGAGCUGUAGGGGCCAUGGAGGAGGAGAUCGUGUCCGAGAAGCAGGCGGAGGCGAGCCACCGGCAAGACAGCGCCAAUCUGCUCAUCUUCAUCUUGCUCCUCACCCUCACUAUCCUCACCAUAUGGCUCUUCAAGCACCGACGGGCCCGUUUUCUGCACGAGACUGGCCUGGCUAUGAUUUACGGGCUUUUGGUGGGCUUGGUGCUUCGAUAUGGCGUUCAUGUUCCAAGCGAUGUUAAUAAUGUGACAUUAAGCUGUCAAAUGCAGACAAGUCCGGCUACCUUAUUAGUGAAUGUUAGUGGAAAAUUUUAUGAAUAUACACUGAAAGGAGAGAUCAGUUCACAUGAACUCAAUAACGUUCAAGACAAUGAAAUGCUUAGGAAGGUAACUUUUGAUCCCGAAGUAUUUUUCAAUAUCUUACUUCCUCCAAUUAUAUUUUAUGCAGGAUACAGUCUGAAACGGAGACAUUUCUUCCGCAACCUUGGGUCAAUCCUAGCAUAUGCUUUUCUUGGGACAGCCAUUUCUUGUUUUGUGAUAGGGUCAAUUAUGUAUGGCUGUGUAACCUUGAUGAAAGCAACAGGACAGCUCGGUGGUGAUUUCUAUUUCACCGACUGCUUAUUAUUUGGCGCCAUCGUGUCAGCAACCGAUCCAGUGACUGUUCUUGCCAUAUUCCACGAACUUCAAGUGGAUGUUGAACUCUACGCGCUUCUCUUUGGAGAAAGUGUCCUUAAUGAUGCUGUUGCUAUAGUAUUGUCUUCUUCUAUCGUGGCCUAUCAGCCAGCUGGAGACAAUAGCCACACAUUUGAUGUGACAGCCAUGUUUAAGUCUAUUGGAAUCUUCCUGGGGAUAUUCAGUGGUUCCUUUGCUAUGGGAGCUGCCACUGGAGUGGUCACAGCUUUGGUGACGAAGUUCACCAAACUGCGAGAGUUCCACUUGCUGGAAACAGGGCUGUUCUUCUUGAUGUCCUGGAGUACUUUCCUUCUGGCCGAAGCCUGGGGUUUCACUGGUGUAGUGGCGGUCUUGUUUUGUGGCAUCACACAGGCACACUAUACGUACAACAACUUGUCUCCGGAUUCUCAGCAUAGAACCAAGCAGUUGUUUGAGCUUCUCAAUUUCUUGGCGGAAAAUUUCAUCUUCUCAUACAUGGGACUGACACUCUUCACUUUCCAAAACCAUGUCUUUAACCCGACCUUCGUGGUAGGCGCUUUUCUUGCCAUUUUCUUGGGAAGAGCUGCCAAUAUUUAUCCUUUAUCCUUUUUACUUAAUUUGGGCAGAAGAAAUAAGAUCGGAUCAAAUUUCCAACAUAUGAUGAUGUUUGCUGGUCUUCGUGGUGCGAUGGCCUUUGCCUUGGCCAUUCGGGACACUGCCACCUAUGCAAGGCAGAUGAUGUUCAGCACAACACUCCUGAUUGUGUUUUUUACUGUGUGGGUGUUUGGUGGGGGCACCACGGCCAUGUUGUCAUGUCUAAACAUCCGCGUUGGAGUUGAUUCAGAUCAGGAUCAACUGAGUUUCCCGGAAAAUGAAAGAAGGAACACCAAAGCUGAAAGUGCUUGGCUUUUCAGGAUGUGGUACAAUUUUGACCAUAACUAUCUGAAGCCACUCCUGACCCACAGCGGGCCUCCUCUUACUUCAACGCUCCCUAGUUUCUGCGGACCCCUUGCGAGAUGCCUGACCAGCCCCCAAGCUUAUGAAAAUCAGGAACAGCUGAAAGAUGAUGAUUCCGAUCUUAUCUUGAACGAUGGCGACAUUAGCUUGACGUAUGGCGAUUCUACCGUUAGCACUGACUCGAUGUCAGCCAGUGCUCCCAGAAGGCAGAUGGGAAACCCUUCUGAAGAUGUCCUGGAUCGAGAACUUGCCUUUGGGGACCAUGAACUCGUGAUUCGGGGAACCCGCCUGGUUCUUCCAAUGGAUGAUUCGGAGCCUCCGUUAAAUAUGUUAGAUAAUGCACGGCAUGGGCCAGCUUAAUAUUUCUUUUGCUCACUAACCUGAUUGUAAAAUCCUCAUACGCAAUUGUGAAGAAAUGUGUACUACCUACCAAGUCCAAUGCAUGUAUCUGACCGUUUAAGCUGUAUAAAUCCUGUUUAUAUGGCAUAGCAAGAAUGUAUGUGUUCUGUAUAGGACAGAUUGUGAAAAAGCAAUUCUUUAACUAAAAAUAUCCCCUGUUUGCCUGCACUUUGUGGAGUUGUAUUGUUUCCAGCCCCCUGCAUAGUGAUAGUAUGGGUCCUGCUGCCUUUUUCAACCCAGUACAAAAAGAGGCCGAGUUAUUCAUUUUUCUAGUUACUCGAUACUUAACCAAAAUACCAAAUUUUGGGAGGAAGGUUUAGUUUGAGAUGGGAAAUCUUUCCCAGAAAGAUUUGGGAGCAGGAUCUAUUUCCAAUAAGAUUUCCCCAACACUCCAUGGGUCCUGCUUUUCCGUGCCAUUACGAGUGGCCUAUUUCAGGUCCAGAGCCUGAUUGCAGAACUGUACUGACUGGCUUUAGCUCUGACUAUGUUUCACCCCUGGGUGAGGGUGGGGGGUUGAUAUUGGCAAGGAAGGAUGGGGUAGGGAAGUCACAUGUUUCCCUGGACCAGAAAGAGCCAGGCUGAUGAGCACAAUGCAGUACCCUUUGUACAUCUUUUGAUGGAGGAGGGAAGUGACUGAAAUAAUUUUUAAAAAUUCCUCCUGGUCAAUAAGUAAUUCCUCUUCGUUCAUACUGAAAGAUAUAUAUAUAGACAUACAUAUAGUACAGCACAUUCUUUGGGGGGGGACUAGGGGUGGGAGGGUGGUCAUAAUAGGAUGGGGAUUUCAGAGGCCUCUCUUGAAACAUAAAAAUAUUCUGCCUCACAUAUGAUUACCUUUAGAUGCUAAAUUGCUGCUUAAGUUUUGGUCAUAUGUGAUGCCUAAAACAAACUUUGUGGUUGGGCCCUUUCUCUUUUUGGCAUUAUUUAAGCCGCUUUUCUCACUGUAAGCAGUAGACGUAGCACUCUUGAGUCGACCGCUUCCAAGUGUCAUUUGUGUAAUAGUGUAGUUGAUAAUGAAAAUUAAUUUAUAGAUCUAUUAUCGCACUUGUGCCCACUCCCAGCAUAAAAUGGAAACCCAACUGCUUUUGGGUAAACUGGAACUUGGCUUUAUCUCCGAGUCAUGUUUCCAAAAUCGAUUGCAAACUGAAAGGGAGAAGAAUGUUGCCUUUUCAGUAGUUAAAAAACAUUGCACUUUGAGAACUCCUUAGCAUGCUUUCUGGCUAAUUGUCUUUGUUUCUCUAUUUCUUUUUAACAUGAAAUACUUCAGCUGCCAUAUGUAUUGGAACUUUUUUGUUUUUUUUUCCUAGGAAGAGCACAGAACAAAAUUUACAAUUUUGCUUUCAGUUUAUUAUGAUGGAAAUUAUUUGAGAUGCAAUGAAUACUGAAGACUUUUUUUUUCCCCUCCCUCUCUUCCUUUUUUUCAAAUGCAAACACUGACUACUUAUGUUUCAGGAAAAACAAUUCAAUGGUUUUUUUGUUUUCUUGAAUCAGAGUAACCUUGCCUUAAAUUGUUUUAUCCCUGGCUAGAACUGAUCUCUUUGGUGUUGUAGUUUGUUCCCAGCAAGCUGCUCUUUUGUGUAGUAUAGGUUCGCGCUUCGUUUAUGGCAGUUUUAGCUUUAGCCGGAGUCUUCGGUACCAUAGUGCCACGUAGGAAUUCUGUGGUGUGUUCAUUUCUCUGAUGUGCUUCUUCGUGUAGUCCAAGAUUUUGUCAUUGUAUGUUUUGAGGUGCUGUAACGCUUCUCCAUACUAUUAUACGUGUUUCAAAAGGAUAUUCAAUAAAGUUCUACCACUUUUUUAUGCUGUCA